AUGAGGGUUCCCCAAGAAGGUCCAAGACACAACCACUACGUCAUCGUCCUUUACAUGGAAAAAUCUUUGCAUGAGCUCCCCGACGCCUACCGCCAAAUCUUUCAGGCCGUUUCCUGCUUGCUUCUUGUUGAGGGGGCUGCCUACGUCCCAGAGGUGGUCGUAUGCUCCAAGCCUGGGCCUGGAUACAGUACAGUCCCGGAGAUAAUCCCUAUUCCUAAAUGCAACCACCUAAAGGAAUUUAAUGACCUUAGACCUGUAGCUUUAACAUCAGCUAUCAUGAAAUGUCUGGAACACAUUGUGAAGAAACUUAUUUGUAUAAGCAUUGCUACGUUAAGAGAUAAUUUACAAUUUGCCUAUUGCCAGGGUAGGAGUGUUCAGGAUGCCAACUUAACCUUGCUUCAUCGAACUUGUGAUCAUUUAGAGAACCGAAACUCACAGACCAGGCAGGAGAUUAGCACUCCCUACGCAACACACAAAUUUUCAUGCAGACUCCCAGUCGACCGCCAGUGGGGAAGUAUAGAUGAUGGUACUUGGACGGGAAUGGUGGGAGAGGUGUACAGAGGGGCAGCCGCCAUAGCUCUUGCGGCUUUAGAUGCUACACCGGAACGCCGCUCAGCUGUUGACUUCCUUUUACCCAUUUCUGAUACCGAUUAUCUGCUUACCGUCAGACAACCCAGUAACAACGACAAGACUUGGUCAAUUUAUUCAGAAGAAUUUAGCUCAGAUGUAUGGAUAUUUCUUGCUGGUGCUAUGAUCUUACUGGUUAUCGGCCUUUACAUUUCGGCAACAAACAUCCUGGACGAAGAACACCUUUCUGCCUCGGACUCCUUCUUCAUCGUCUUAGGGGCAUUAUGUGGGCAAGGAUGCUGCUGGAAACCUAUUCGUUUUCCUGGGCGACUCAUGCUGUUGACCAUAAUGGGUUUACAUGUUAUACUUCUGGCACACUACACCAGCAACCUUGUGUCAUCAUUGUCAGUCGGGCCUUCAUUACCAUCUAUUUCUUCCAUUGAAGAUGUAUUUCAAAAUCCGAAGUUCAACCUGUUGGUGAAAAAAGGAACUGCUUCGGUUGAAUACUUAAAGGAAUCGCUUCGGAGUGACCACUGGAAAUCGCUGUUAUCGAGAGGUGAAGAGGCUCUAGUGACAACCAACGAAGAAGGAAUGAGUAAGGUACUGAAGAAUAACUACGCAUAUUUAAGUCCCAACUCAUUCUUGUUUAACGAAUAUGCGCAAGAUUGCCGGAUACACAUCGUUCCAAAGCCACAGUUUAGAAAGGAAAAUUCCUUUGCCAUGCGGAAAGGGUCACCACUAAUACGAAUUUUAAAUGCAAUAAUUGUGAAGAUGAAGGAAAGUGGAGUGAUGUCACAGCUGGAACGAAGAUGGAUGAAAGAGCUGUCGGAAUGUCAUAUAGAGACUACGAUCAUCAGCAUCACUACUGUGUCCUCCCCGUUGUGUUAA